GAGAACGCCAAGUGGUGCCGCGCUGUUGACACAGCGUUUGGUCAGUGUUCUUCGGUUGACCGCCGUGGCGGAAGGCUCCUUAGCUGUUUAGGUGUAAGAGGAUAGCAUAGGUAUAGCGCAGUUUGAUAUUGCACUGUCCAUAGUCUUGGGCUUAUUCAGGUGAGCGGCUUUCAAAAGGAACCGGGGCUGACGUAUAGGCUGCUGGAUAUAUCGAGCAGCGAGCCACAAUGGACGUAGACGCCAUUUUGGAGCGGAUCGGCGGCUGGGGUCGCUACCAGAAGGUGUUGUACGUGCUGGCCGCCCUGCCGUCCAUCGUCGGCGGCAUGGUCACCUUGGCCUACUCGUGGACGGCCUUCUUCAUGGAGCACAGAUGUCUGGUGGAAGAGUGCGAGGACCCCAGCAAUGCCACCUACGACGCGCCGUUCCUGCGCUGGUCCACGCCGACGGACGCCGACCACACGUGGAGCCGCUGUCAGAGGUACCGGCCUACCUCAGUCGGGGGCUGCACCAACACCAGCUUCUUCACCAACCAGACCGAGUCGUGCUCCCGUUGGGUGUACGACAAGUCCGUCAUGGAGAGCACCGUGGUGUCCGAGUUUAACUUGGUCUGUGACCGUGAAACUCUGUGGCCGCUGGAAAACAGCCUUUACUUUGUCGGCGUGGCCGUUGGCUCGGUGCUGGGUGGCGCACUCGCUGACCGGUACGGACGCCGCUUCACGCUGCUGCUCUGUGUGGUUCUGACGGCCGCGGCCAGCACGGCCGGCGCCUUCUCCCCCAACUACGGCACCUUCGCCACGCUGCGCUUCUUCGUGGCCGUCUUCCAGUACCCGCUGUUUGCGGCUCCGUUUGUCCUCAGCACUGAGAUAACAUCCGUCGAAAUGAGGGCGGCCUGCGGCAUCAUGAUGAACGCCUUCUUCGCCAUCGGCGAGGCGCUGGCUGGCGUCAUUCCGAUCUUCGAGAAAGACUGGAGCACAAUGCAGCUCAUAUUCUCCAUACCGAUCCUCGUCUUCUGCUCCUACUGGUUCUUUUUCCCAGAGUCCCCUCGAUGGCUUUUGACGGUCAGCCAGCCACAGAAGGCUGAAGACGUCCUGAGGAACAUCGCCAGGUGGAAUAAAACCGAUUUCCCGGAAGAUCUUGUAGCACAGGAAAGUAAGGUCGAAACCGCCACCAGUCGCCCUUCUGGUACGUCGGCUGACUUCAUGAGGGUGCUGAAAUCGCCAGUUCUGCUCAAACGGGCCUGUAUUCUCUCUGUGCAAUGGGCGGUCGUGGCCAUGGUGUACUACGGAGUAGGUCUGGUGUCCACCGACCUGGCUGGCGACGUCUACCUCAACUUCAUCCUGACCAUGCUCAUUGAAAUACCCGCCUACAUAGUCUGCUCACUAUUCAUCAACCCUCUCGGUCGUAAGCUGAUGUUUGUCUCCUCGUUUGUGCUGAGCGGCCUGGGGACAAUCGGCGCCGGACUCAUAACGAGCAAUGAGUUGGAGUGGCUGACCACCACACUGGCUCUGCUGGGCAAGUUCGGCGCCUCGGGGGCCUUCUCACUGGCCUACGUUUACACGGCGGAGCUGUACCCCGACUCCCUGCGCGCGCUCGGGGUGGGCGUGGCCUCGGCGACGGGCCGGGUCGGCUCCAUCCUGGCUCCCUUCAUCGCCGACCUGGGUCAGGGCGACACUACCCUUCCUAUGUGUAUAUUUGGCGUAGCCGGUCUGGUGUCUGCUGGACUGACCAUGCUGCUGCCGGAGACCAGUGGUCAGGACCUGCCGACCAGUAUCGACGAGGCCAUCCAGUUCGGAAGGGGCCAGCCGCUGCUACCAGUCCCGUGCCUGGUGGCCCGUCGGCAGAGAAAACGGGAACAGCUCAGAGGGUUCGACGGACCCCAGAUACAGCUGCCAGACACGGAAGGAGACGCCCACGACCAAGGACAUUCAAAGACAGUCUGACACAUGGCCCAAGUGACAAAUUUGGUAUUCAGUGUCUUGCAUUCAUUUAUCACGAACCUUGUUUGUGACGUCUUCAUCCAGUGACGGUUGAGCCCUUGUCUUUGUCUAGGCCAAGAACAAUCGUGUUGUUAGGUCUAUUGCGGUUCUCGCUGAGGCAUCGCUGGCUCAAUAAGGACGUUGUCUGCAAAUGAGUCGUUUGCAGCACGCCUCGUGCCGCCCUAGAGGUCCCAGUGCUAACAAAUUGCACCACAAUUAUUCCCGCCUUCGUCACGUCGCGCCUGAAUACAGGAGCGAAGCAAUUAC